GCGACGACAGGCGGUAGUGACGGUGGUGGUGAUGGUGGCGACGACGGUGGCGAAGGUUAAUCGCGGGCGUUCCGUGAAACGUGAGUCCACGCGAGAGUGCCGAGUAAACUCGACACAGUGACGGCUAGCAGCGCGUUGCUGACGGUUGCCAGUUUGGUGGCUCGCCGCUGCGCUGUGACAAAAGUUGCGGAGGCGAACACGUCGGAGGGACACGCGCGCGGAACGGCGACGUACGCGGCCAUGCUGUAGCGCGCGUUACGUACGCACGUAUACUUGACAGCACGCAUCGUCGUCGUCGUCGUCCUCGUCCUCGUCCUCGUCAUGGACAACGUGGCCGACCGCUCGGGCGGGCUGGCGAGGCUGUCGACGUUGCUGGGCGCCCCGGAGGCCGCGCUGCGCCUCCUCGUCUCCAUUCUACUUGGAUUUCCCGUUGCUCUUCUUCAUAGGUAUACGCUCUACGGCAAAGAUCCCGUUCGCCAGCAUUUAUUUUUUAUAGCAUGCGGUCUCUCAAUUGGUUACUGGAAUUACGAUUGUAACAUACUCCAUUCAACAACGGCGGUAUGCGCUACGUAUCUGAUCCUCACGGUUCUCGGCAGCACUGGCCUGUCUGUCAUAAUAACGUUCCUCUUCAACAUGAUGUACUUACUUUACGGCUAUUACACCACCAGUACCCAAGAUUACGAUAUAAAAUGGACAAUGCCGCAGUGCGUGCUGACCCUUAGGUUAAUAGGACUUGCAUUUAAUUUAUGGGACGGUCAAAAACGUGACGAUGAGCUCUCUGAUAGUCAAAAACGGGUGGCCUUGAAGGAGCGACCGUCGCUACUGGAAAUUGCGGCGUAUGCCUAUUUUCCAGGUGCCUUUCUAAUCGGGCCGCAGUUUAGUAUGCGACGGUACUUGGACUAUGUCAAUGGUCUGCUCACUGAUCGCGAUCCGCAAACUGGUGCCAUUGUGCUGCCGGAUUGCGUGUCAGCGGGAUUGUCCCGAGCAUUCAUCGGAUUCAUAUACGUAGCGAUAUUUCAAAUCGGCACACUUUACGUUUCCGACCAGUUCCUCUUUGAGCCGUCAUUCCAGAAGCUGAAUUUAAUAAAGAAGUGCUUGCUGAUCGGUCUGUGGGGUCGCAUCAAUCUCUACAAGUACGUCAGCGUCUGGCUAAUCACCGAAGGAGUGUGCAUUGUUUUUGGUCUUACACAUAACGGAAAAGACGCACAAGGUCGUAUUAAAUGGGACGGUUGCGCAAAUGUUAAACUACGAACAUUUGAAACUACAACGCUGUUCAAUCACUACAUUCUCUCGUUCAACACAAACACGAAUCACUGGUGUGCCGAAUACAUUUACAAGAGACUGAAGUUUCUCGGCUCAAAAAUGUACAGUCAAACAAUUACAUUGCUCUUCCUUGCUCUCUGGCACGGUUUCCACUCCGGAUACUAUCACUGUUUCUUUAUGGAGUUUAUCGUGUUGUACUUUGAGCGAGACAUCGGACCAGUAUUAAAAAACAGCGAGAAAGUGCAAACGCUGCUGAAAACGCGAUGGGAAGCACGCAUGCUCGCUUGGAUCUUUCUGAAGCUUUACACCUUUGUUUUCAUGGGCUACGCUCUCGUGUCGUUCAUACUUCUCUCGUUUCCACGAUAUAAUCAAGUUUAUGCUAGUUUGUAUUAUUGCGGACACGUGUUCUUCCUCUCUUAUCCGUUGCUCGCGUCACACAUUAAACGAUUGGUUGGUCAAAGACUCGAACGUCAGCGAUCGCACCAAGAAUAAGAUGACGCGAUCUCCCUUUACUUCUCGAUUAUUGUCGAGGUAUUGAUUAUCGCCCCUUGCACUUGUUUUUUUUUUCUUCGUCCCCUUGUUCGUUACGAAUCGAUAUUCGAGAAGACGUACAGCUGUGAUGUAAUGGACACUGGUAUACAGUUACACUUACUUACAGUCACUAGUCUUCGGAAGAAAUGUGAUAGCGCAUAUCCGUGGAAUAUAUGGGAAAUAAUACACCACAUUACCGUCACUAUCGCAUUUCGUACGGGUUUUUUAAAAUACAAUACUGAAUUUUGUCACUUAAUACACGCUCGAUGAUCGAGUUUUGCAAGUAAAAAAUAUUUUGAAGAAUUUGUCGAAACAAAAUGCUGGUAGUGAGGGAAUAUAUAUGUGUGUGUACGGAACUGUAAUAUCCAUUACUGCUGAGAACAUUUCAAUUUGUAAAUCGAUACACCGUUUUAAAGAAAAUUCCGCUGGUCGGGAAUUUUGUGCCUGUGUAAUUGAAAGUUUUUACGAUCAAACUUUACGACACGAAAAUUCCAGCAACAAUUCUAGACACUUCAGUAUUUUCCUAUAACAGUAUACGUUUUUGCGUCUUUAAUCGUAUUUUUGUACCUGUAGCGAGUUUGAUUAAUCAAAUUUUUAUUUAUAUGUAUUUCGUCGGUAAUAAAAUCUGUUAAAAUACGCCACACCCUUUUAGGAUCAAGCUGCAACAUGUCUAAUUAGCUUUAAACCGUAAUAAAUUAACCAAUCACAAUCGAAUAUAAGGAGAAUAAUCGAUUAUAUGAUUAGUCAAUUUUUUACGAAUUAAUUGUUACACCUGUUGUAGAUUGAUCUUUAGUGAUAAGAACUGUUAAGAAUAUAUAACGAUAGCGUAAACUAGUCACAAGUGUCACAAUAUUCUCUAAAGACUCGAGACAAAAAACAAUUGUGCUUUUUCUAGGUAUCGCAAUAAGAACGUCCAUUCGCAAAAAAUCGAUUCAGGAAAGUUGCAUUGCGGAGGAUACCUAGAGAAUGAUACUGUGAUUUUGUAAGUGCGAAAAUAUAGUGCUAAAAAAACGUAGUCAGAUACGCGAUAUAUCGUGCACGAUUGAAGUUGAAAAAAUAUACAUAUAUUUUAUCGUAGUACUACAUUUUACCGAUCUAAUGCGAUUAACCGCGUUUUACUAUACCUCUCUACAUAGAAAUACAACGAUAACAAAACCAUAAUACUCUGGUCGGAUGUGUAUACCAUCUGCCGUGUGUACGCACGCUGUAUUAGCAUCGAUAUACGGUAUAAAAUAAUGCGAGAAAGCGAUUUUCAAUCUUGUACGUUCGCAAUUAUUUUUGUAGGUAAAAAGUCUAACACAACGAUCUACCUAUCUAUUCGUAUUGCAAUAGGAACGCGGCUCUUAUUACGCACACAAUCCUUCGAACACACAGUUCAUUGAAAUUAAGAAAAAUUAGUAGAUAGCAGUUCGAUAUAUAAAUAUAAAUGAAAUGUCCAGAUACUGACGUACUUCGCGAUCGCUUGAUGCCCUAUCAUUUAUUCACAUUCUUGAGCGAUCAAGUAGAUCUUGGAUCGACAAGAAAUAAUUUCUAGUACCUUGCCUAAUGACCUUAAUUUAUCGAUCGCAAGUACGCCCAAUCUCUGGCAUCUUUAAUGUAGUCACGUAACAGAUUUACAAAGUUUUAGAAUACUGAAAGAAAUAGAAGUAUACAAGCGUAGCGCAGUCAGGAGUUCUAUUGCAUACAUUUGUCGAUAGAAUUUAUUAGGGUUGAAGUUAAUAGGACGAUUCAAUGUGACUCCUGACAUAAGAUCCUAAUAAGCCAUAAAUGUGUGAAUUUUUUAAUUGAAAAUUCACGCUGUUUGUUCUGUACUUAAUACCAAUGCGAGACACACUAAGCAAGUUUACUCUAUUGAAUACUCGCUAAUCUUGAAAUCUUACAUUUUAAGCGUCUUCGAGAGAAUCGUUAGCGUCACAGUAAUCGCAAAUCAUGGUCAAUAAAGUAACAUCCUUCAUAAUAAUGUAAUACUAAGCAGUAUUACAUUUAUUAAAUUGGCUAAUAAUUAUUAUUUAUUAAAAGUAUUAACAAGUAUGCUUUUAAUACUUAAAAUAAGUAUUUUUUGGUCAAUGUAAUAUGUAGUAUUACAUUUCUGUAAAGGAUGUGCGAUACAUUCUCAAGAAUUGUACUUGAGUAUAGAUUUUCGGAAUUCUCUAAAAUAUCUAAAAAAAUAAUGGUAGAGAUAGUUUGCAAGUGCGAUAUAAUUUUCAGCAAUUUUGAUUUCCUAUUACAUCACUGGUAAAAAAUGGAACUGGAAACUUAAGA